AUGGGUUCUUGUUUCAGUUCGGAGUCAACAGGGGACGUGGAGCAAAAGAAGAGAAGUCAAGCAAUCGAUCGCAGAUUAGAAGAAGACUCUAGGCGACUACGACGAGAAUGCAAGAUCUUGCUGCUUGGCUCUGGCGAAAGUGGUAAAUCAACAAUCGUCAAGCAGAUGAAAAUUAUCCACCAGAACGGUUACACUGUUGAGGAGUUGGCGCUAUACCGUCUAACAGUUUAUAAGAAUCUUCUCGAAUGCACAAAAGCUCUUAUUGGGGCCUACCACCAAUUUAGCCUCGAACCAUCAAGCCAAAAGGUCCGCGACCAUAUUCAAUUUCUUUCCGACUAUAAUAUCGACCCAGAUCCCAAUAUACCUCUAGACUCUGGGGUAGGAGAUGCAAUAACAUAUCUUUGGAAUGACCCCUGCACAUCCACCGCGUUAGAACGACAGAAUGAAUUCUACUUGAUGGAUUCGGCACCUUACUUUUUUGAAGAGGCAAAGCGCAUCACAGCACCAGAUUACAUCCCGAAUGUCAAUGAUGUUCUUCGCGCCAGAACCAAGACGACGGGUAUUUACGAAACCCGGUUCACAAUGGGCCAACUGAGUAUCCAUAUGUUCGAUGUCGGUGGACAGCGUAGUGAACGAAAGAAGUGGAUUCAUUGUUUUGAAAAUGUCACUUCAAUUAUCUUCUGUGUCGCACUGAGUGAGUAUGACCAGGUGUUGUUGGAGGAAGGUAACCAAAACCGAAUGAUGGAGAGUUUGGUGCUCUUUGAUUCUGUUGUCAAUUCUAGAUGGUUCAUACGAACGAGCAUUAUUCUUUUCCUGAACAAGGUCGAUCUUUUCCGGCAAAAGCUCCCUCGCUCGCCCUUGAGCAACUACUUCCCCGACUAUUCCGGUGGUAAUGAUGUGAAUCGCGCAGCGAAAUACCUUCUCUGGAGGUUUAACCAGGUCAAUAGAGCACACCUGAAUCUUUAUCCUCACCUAACACAAGCCACCGACACAACGAAUAUUCGGCUAGUAUUUGCUGCGGUGAAAGAGACCAUCUUGCAAAAUGCCCUCAAAGAUUCGGGUAUUCUGUAG